ACGAGAUUACAACGAGGAAUUCGAUCAUCAAGCUUAAUUCAUCAUCAUUAACUUUACUCUAAACUCUAUUUCUCUCUCGCUCUUUUCAUCACGACCUCAUUGGCUCAAGUCGCCACAAGUUCUAGAACAAAAAAGGUCGAACCCACUCUUCCUGUUGGUUAUCGAAACACCUUAAGGCACAUCCCAUCUUUUUAUUCUAUAAUAUUAUUACUACAUUACGAGGGAAUUAACAAGCGACUACUCGGCUCAAUUCACUCUUGUACAACCGGAGAAGUUUCGGAUGACCUGACCUGAUCUUGUUCUGAAAGCGGAGCUAUUACGAAAAAAAUUCUGAAUAGUGUCGUACUAUAUUCUUCUUGUGGUCCUUUUGCCUUUUUCUAUUUCUUCUUCCAUUCCGUCUAUCUUUUGCUUUAUCCUCCACUUUACAAGUUCUCAUGCGCCAAGAACUGCCAAGAACACGCCUAAUCUUUCAAUUAAAAGAUUGUCGUGAGUGGGAGGUAUUUUCCCCCAUUCUCGCUAUCAUCUUUGGAUAUCUGCUUCCUUCGUUUGGUUGUAUCGAGCAGGGAUUCUUGUUUCUUGCUAUAAAGUAGAGAGACUGGGACGACUUUUGUUGGAUUGUGAGUUGUCUUGAAAAUCCUCACCAAAGACUCUUACUCAUGACUCCUCCAGAGAUGAUUAGUAUGGCUUCGAAAGACGGCCAAGAUAGUACGCCCAGGCGUCACAGUCUGAGCGAUGAGUCUGACUCCAACUCAGUUAUUGAUGAGAAGAGACUUGUUGCGAAGCUGGACUUCUACAUCAUUCCCCUUGUAAUGGUGCUUUACCUCUUCAGUUUCCUAGACAGAGUCAACAUUGGCAAUGCCCGACUUUACGGACUCGAAGAGGAUCUGAACCUCUCGUCGAACCAGUUCCAAGUUGCUGUGUCCAUUCUAUUCGUCACAUACUUGCUCUUCGAGGUUCCAUCCAACCUUGUCCUUAAGCUCUUCACGCCUCGUCGAUGGAUCGCCUUCAUCGCUGCUGCAUGGGGAAUCAUCGCCACCCUCACCGGCCUCGUCAACUCAUACGGUGCUUUGAUCGCUUGCCGUUUGCUCCUUGGUGCCGUUGAAGCAGGCCUGUUCCCUGGCUUGACGGUGUAUCUCACUUUCUUCUACACCAAGAGAGAACUCGCUCUUCGCGUGGGUUAUCUGUUCGUCAGCGCUGCAGUCGCUGGAGCUCUAGGUGGCUUGUUAGCAUAUGGCAUUGGACAUAUGGAUGGCCUCCACGGUAUGAGCGGUUGGCGAUGGAUCAUGAUCAUUGAAGGAAUUCCCAGUUUCUUGCUUGGUGUGGUUACAUACUUCGCUUUGCCCAACGAUGCAGAGACAGCAUACUUCCUCGACCAGAACGAAAGGGCGCUUAUGCGUUCUAGACACGCCCGUGAGUACGGAAAUACGGCUUCCAGUCGGGAAUUCAGCAAGAAGGACAUGAUGUGCGCCUUUAAGGACUGGAAGGUUUGGGCGUUUUGUGUUGCGCAGUUUGGCGUCGACACUAUGUUGUAUGGGUUCUCAACCUUCCUCCCGACUAUUAUCAGGGAUCUCGGUGACUGGACGGUUGCAGAGACACAACUCCUCACCGUGCCAUGCUACUUCCUCGGUGCAGCGGCGUACAUGUCCACCGCAUUUCUCUCAGAUAAGCUUCAACAGCGUGGGCUUUUCUGUGUGAUCUUUGGAGUCAUCAGCGUUAUUGGAUAUGCAAUCCUGCUGGCUGAUGUGUCUUCCGGCGUUCAUUACUUUGGCUGCUUCCUGGUAGCUGGGGGUUUGUACGUUGUUGUGGGCUUGCCACUGGCUUGGUUGCCCACAAACUCGCCACGUUACGGAAAGCGUACUACUGGUACGGGUAUGCAGUUGACUUGGGGUAAUGCGUCAGGCAUCAUGUCUGCAUUCAUCUAUCCUGCUUCGGAUAAGCCUCGAUAUAUUCGCGGACAUGCUGUAACGCUCAGCAUGGUUGCUCUCGGCACCGUAAUUUAUGGUUUUAUGUUGUGGUGGUACCGACGAGAGAAUGAACGACGACAGGGAGGUCUAAUGGAUGACAAGUUUCGAGGAAUGGGAGAGGAUGAGUUGGCUGAGCUUGGAGAUGAGAGUCCACGCUAUAGAUAUACCAUUUAGAGGGGGCAUGAGAUGGAGAUAAUGAGAAUUUGGGGUUAUGAGGGACGAAAUCAAGAUAAGGGAGUAUACUAUAUGGAAGGGAUAUACAUAAUGAGAACAGCCGUUGAUUACUGAGGGCAGUAGACUGAAAUCACAGGUUGAACAUGGAAUACGCCCUUGAGGUAGAGAUGACUGAUGGUUCAGAGUAGAACCUGGGGGUAACUAACACCUAGCACCAAGGAGAAGUACCGGAACUAAAUGGCGCUAACAUCCGUUAUUAGUGGCUUGAUGAGGUGCAUGGUUCCAUCGUUGCUGGGGGAGCUUCACAUGAUUUAGGGGAGCAAUUUAUUGGUCAGUUGCAUUUGGCAUUUAUCAUAUAUCGUCGAACCACACUUUUUGUUGUUGUGUUAUCAUUUACCACUUCAGCUGUACACGGGAUGUUUUGCCUAGGUAGCUAAGUACCUUGGUUAAAGGGACUGCCAACACGUCAAGUGUCGUUGUUGGGGCUGUGUACGUCAGCUGUUGAAUGGUUAGGUUACCAUGAUCCAUCCUUCAAGCAAAGUGGUGUCGUGUAAUAAUGGGGCCAAUGCGUGCAUAUCGAAUACGAGCUCUAGGCUGUACUGAAUAAUGUCGCCUGGAAUAUUGUCAACAGUUGAAGAC